AUGUCCAAUUUCAAUAGUUCUGCUAAUGAUAGUACUUCAACUGCCCCAACUGCUUCUACAACAACAAAUGGAGACAUUGGAUUAAACUUUGCCAGUCCCAAAAAGAUAACUGCUUUAGAAGCCUAUACGCCGGAAAGAGGUUCAAAAGGUAAUCCUAGCGGCACCAAUAAUAAUAAUAAUACUAAUAAUACUAAUACUAAUACUACUAAUAAUAAUAAUGGGAAAAACACAGCUGGUGGUCCAAAUACAAAUCAAUCGUCACCGGCAUUUUGGAAUUUUGUUCAAUUUAGUACACCUAAUGGACAAUCACCAGUAAGAAAAAGUAGUGAAGAAGUAGGGAAUAAUAGUCCUACAUUGAAUAGAAAAAUAAAGCGAGAGAGGGAAAAUGAUGAAACCAAUUCGCCAUUUAAAAAAAAACAACGGACUGAAAUGAUUGAUCUGUGA